AUGUCUAUUCCUACUGAACAGUUUUCGCAACUUGCUUUUUCCGAAGACAAUCCCCACCCACAGCCGCUGGAGGAGAUGCGGUUCGACGACACGCCCUUGGAGGAGAGGAAGAUCCUAGUCAGGGAUAUCGUUUCCUCGUUUGACGCCUACUCCCUGCCGGCAGAGUUCAAGCCCGACGUCUACGAGAGAAUAACCGAGGAGCAAGCCAGAAGAGCGCCCACUGAAUGGACCAUACGAGAUGACUUACAUGCUACUCUGAUGCAGUGGGGGUCCCACGACGAGACUGCGUGGACGCUGCUGCGUAGAAUUGCUCCCCGAGACCGGACUCUUGGGUUUGGACAAAAGUUGCGGAGACGAUUCAACGAGCAGUUCGCCCGGUAUGAUGACAAAGUGAACCAUCCACGUAGGAUGACAGCGGCAGAACUACGGACAGAGAUCACUGGGAUAUGCAGCCAGCUUCAAACCCUUGCUCGUGCUGCCACCGCCGAGGUGGGCCGACAUAACAUCACGAUGGUGUUGCUCGAAGCUUUGAGAAAGGUCUGUGACAGGGACGACGAGGUUGAACCUGCUCGACGCAGCGGACGCUUGUCAAUGGAAGGUGCCGCUGCUGGGGGUGCUGCUCCGGUGCCGACUCUUUACCGCAGCCUCAUCCAGGAUGUCUCGACGGAUUUCAUGCUCGAUGCCCUUGACAUUAUUGGGGAGAAGUGGCCAAGGUCGUUGACCACUCGCGAGGCCAGGGAACAAUUGUCAAGGAUCAACGCGAUCCUGCAGGACAAGGCUGCUCCACACGAUUACCAAACCAGGUUACAGGCUCUUCUUGCAGAGUAG